AUGGCGCUGGAGCGGGCGCUGCUGGCGGCGCGUCAGGGAGACGUGGAGGCGCUCCGGGGGCUGCGGGCGGCCGGGCUGCUGCGGCCGGGGCUGCGGGACGCGCUGGGCGCCUCCCCCGCGCACCACGCCGCCCGCGCCGGCCGCCUCGCCUGCCUGCGCUUCCUGGCGGCUGAGGCCGCUCUGCGCGGGGACGCGCGGGCCCGCAACGGGGCCACACCGGCCCACGACGCCGCCGCCACCGGCAACCUGGCCUGUCUGCAGUGGCUGCUCACGCAGGGGGGCUGCGGCGUGCAGGAUACAGACAACUCCGGUGCCACCGUCCUACACCUGGCAGCCCGCUUCGGUCACCACGAGGUGAUCGAGUGGCUCCUCCGCUUCGGAGGCAGCGACCCCACAGCAGCCACCAACACGGGAGCGCUGCCCGUCCACUACGCCGCGGCCAAAGGGGAUUUCCCUUCCCUGCGACUCCUCUUGGGACACUGCCCCAGCACGCUGAGUGCCCAGACCAAGACGGGGGCCACCCCGCUGUACCUCGCCUGCCAGGAGGGCCACCUGGAGAUCAUCCAGUACCUGGUGCAGGACUGCGGGGCCGAUCCCCACGCGUGUGCCCAUGACGGCAUGACCCCGCUGCACGCUGCCGCACAGAUGGGCCAUAACACCGUCAUCGUCUGGCUGAUGAGCUUCACAUCGGUGAGCCUGUCGGAGCGGGACGCCGAGGGCGCCACGGCCAUGCACUUCGCCGCCAGCCGCGGCCAUGCCAAAGUGCUGAGCUGGCUGCUGCUGCAUGGCGGGGAGAUCACCGCGGACGGCUGGGGCGGCACGCCGCUGCACGACGCCGCCGAGAACGGAGAGCUGGAGUGCUGCCAGAUCCUGGUGGUGAACGGCGCCGACCUCAGCAUCCGCGACCAGGACGGCUACACUGCGGCCGACCUCGCCGAGUACAACGGCCACAGCCACUGCGCGCAGUACCUGCGCACGGUGGAGAACAUGAGCGUGGAGCACCGCGUGCUGUCGCGGGACCCCUCUGCGGAUGGGGAGUGCCGGCAGCCGGACUCGGGCAUGUCCUCACCCAACACCACGGCGUCGGCGCCCCAGGCGCGCUUCGAGGUGGGCUCCCCCACCAGCACCCUCUCCAACUACGACUCCUGCCACUCCAGCCAGUCCAGCACCGGCGACAAGAGGGGCGGCCCCCCGGGGGCCCCCGCCUCCCGGGUGCCCGAGCCGGCGCUGGCGGACAUGCAGGCGUACAUGGACAUGCUGGACCCCGAGACGCGGCCGCGGGGACGGGGGCCCGCAGGGGAGGGUUCCCCCCCACCGCCGCCCCCCACAUUCCCCCCACCCCCCCCACCCCCCCCCGGGUACCCCGCUCCUGCGCCCCCCGCCGCGCCCCACACCGCAGACAUCUACGUGCGGGCCAAGAACAACCUGCGGCACGUGGAGAGCCAGGCGCUGCGCCGAGAGUUGGCAUCACGUGAGAGCAGCCCCGAGGGCCUGCGCAGGGUCGACUCCAGCCGGCGGUCGAGGAACUUUGGCAAGCAGCCGAGCACCGGCGACUACUACAAGCACCUGGGGCACGGUGCAGCCGAGCAGCCCGGCCCCCGGCGGAUGGCGCACAGCGAGGAGGUGAGACCGGGGCCCUGCCGCGAGCCUGCGCGUGGCUCAGCACCACCGGCACCGCUCGACGCCUGCCCCUGCUCUCCUCCAGGCAUCGCCCAUCUCAGCGGACACCAUGCCAAUGGGGAGAGCAAGCCCGGUGCCGAGCUGCCGCCACCGCCGCCACCGCCACCACUGCCCGAUGCCGCCUGCCCCACGGCUCCACCGCCACCAGCGAUGGCCGAGACCCCCGCCGGUGCGCGCCGCUCGUCCUCCUCCACGGGAAGCACCAAGUCCUUCAACAUGAUGUCCCCCACCGGUGACAACUCGGAGCUGCUGGCCGAGAUCAAGGCUGGGAAGAGCCUCAAGCCGACGCCACAGAGCAAAGGCUUCACCACCGUCUUCUCCGGCAGCGGCCAGGCAGGGGCCAACGCAGAGUCGCCGGUGUCCUCCCCAUCACCCACCAGGACGCCCACCCCACCGGCCACCCCUGAGGCCACCGGGCCACCGCGCUGCCUGGCAGGCAGCUCCCCGGAGCCGGUGCUCAAUGGGAGCUCGCCGGUGCCGGCGGCAGGCGCCGGGGCAGCGGUGGAGGCGGAGGCGCUGGUGCCGAGCCACGAUGAGCAGGGCCGGCCCAUUCCCGAGUGGAAGCGGCAGGUGAUGGUGCGCAAGCUGCAGCUCCGCAUGCAGGAGGAAGAGGAGCAGCGCCGCAAGGAGCAGGAGGAGGAGGCGCGCCUGGCCAGCAUGCCGGCCUGGAGGAGGGACAUCCUGCGCAAGAAGCUGGAGGAGGAGAGGGAGCAGAAACGGAAAGAGCAGGAGAAGCUGAAGCGGGAGGAGGAGGAAAAGGAGAAGGAGCAGUCGGAAAAGCUAAGGACUCUCGGGUACGAUGAGACAAAGCUGGCACCCUGGCAGCGGCAGAUCAUCCUCAAGAAGGGGGACAUAGCCAAGCACUAGCCACGCCAUGCCGUGCCCUGGCUCUUCGUGGUGGGAGGAGGCCAGCAGGUCCCACCAUGGACCAGGACGCCCUCGGCACCCUCCUCCCGCCGCGGACGGCCCCAUAGCCCGACCCGGAGGAGCCCCUGCUGCCAUCCAUAGCCCCGUCCCGCUGCCACCAGCCCACAGCCACCCCGUGCUGCCCUGUGCACAGCGAGCUGCCACGGCACAGGGCACCCGGCUCCUUGUGUGCUGCCCGGCAUGACCAUGGCGCCCGGGUUGGCUGCGCUGCCGGCUCCCCACUGGCACUGCUCGCCGCUGCGGCUGCAGCAUCUUCGGCUCCAGUCCUGCCCCUCCCGCCUCCGGAGCUGCUCCAGGCCGGCUCCCAGCUCCCCUCGCCCCGGCCCGCCUGCCUUCCCAGCCAUUAAACCGAUAAACCCC